AUGGCCCACGUCCAAACCCACGACCCAAACCUCGUAAUCUUCACCGACGACGAUCCGCUCAAUCCCAAAAAUUGGUCCCGUGGUCGCCGAUGGUAUAUCACCGCCCUCUCUGGCCUUCUUGUGUUGAACGCGACUUUUGCGAGUUCGGCGCCGAGUGGGUGUAUCCCGCAGAUCAUGCAGGAGUUGGGAACGAAUGAGUUGGCGGCGACGGGUGCGAUUACGACCUUUGUUGGGGGAUAUUGUGUGGGCCCGCUGUUGUGGGCGCCGAUGAGUGAGAUUUGGGGGAGGAGGCCGGUGUUUUUGGUGUCGUUCUUCCUUUAUACUGUCAUGAACAUUCCAGCCGCCUUGACGCCGAAUAUUGGUGGGUUGUUGGCUGCGAGGUUUGUUGGUGGACUUGCGGCGUCGUGUCCGUUGACGAAUUCCGGAGGUGUGUUGGCGGAUAUUUGGGAUCCCUUGACGCUGGGGUACGGCAUGGCGAUCUUUGCCCUCGCACCUAGUGCUGGACCAGUCCUCGGCCCCAUCAUUGGAAGUUUUGUGGGUGAGACUGUGGGGUUUAGAUGGGUGUUUUGGGUGCUGUUGUGUUUUGCCGGAGCAUGUGGAAUCUUGCUUGUCUUCACGCUCCCGGAAACGUACGGUCCCAUCAUCUUGAAGAAGAAGGCCCAGAAGAUGAGGAAAGAAACUGGAAACAUGGAGUUGUACGCGAAGAUUGAGAGGGAUGACCGAUCGGUCGCGAAGGUCCUUGGUGUUGCGUUGACGAGGCCGUGGAAGUUGUUGUUGUUGGAGCCCAUCGUCCUCCUCAUUUCCAUCUACAUGUCGUUCGUGUAUGGGCUGUUGUACCUCAUCUUUGAAGCAUACCCGAUUAUAUUUGUUGAGAUUCAUGGGUUUUCGGCGGGUGUUGCUUCGUUGGCAUUCAUCGGGAUUGGAGUGGGGAUGUUGAUUGGAACGGCCGCCGCGGUAUGGUUCCAGCAUCGGUACAAUGUGCAACGGCAAACGACUGGAAAGGCCGUCGCGGAGAUGAGAUUGCCUAUGGCCUGCGCCGCAGCCCCUCUAUUGGUGAUCGGGAUGUUUUGGCUAGGCUGGACAGGCUACCGCAAAUCCAUCCACUGGAUCUCCCCCAUCAUCGCCGGUGCCCCAAUCGGCGCCGCCCUCGUCAUGAUCUUCACUGGUUUCCUCAACUACCUCGUCGAUACCUACCUCGUCUUCGCAGCGUCCGCACUCGCUGGAAACACCAUCAUGAGAAGUGCGUUCGGUGCCGGUUUCCCGAUGUUUGCGGUACAGAUGUUCAAAAAGUUAGGGGUUGAGUGGGCCAGUAGUUUGUUGGGGUUUAUUGCGUUGGCGUUGAUGCCGAUUCCGUUCUUGUUUGUGAAGUUUGGGGGGGCCAUUAGGGGAAGGUCGAAGUUUGCUUUCUCGUGA